UGAAAAAAAAAAAAAGAGAUAGAUAUCUUAUUGAAACAAAAGUUGAUAACCAGACCAUGGCCCAACCCAUGGUACGUAAUUAUAUUAUGACCCGACCCAAUUUCAGUCAGUUAUUGUCCCUACGAUGCGAUUUUACUUCAUCCGACGGUCAAAAUUUGUCGGUUUAGAGUUUAAAAGGGGGAGAUCUCUACAUUUUCUCCAUCUUCGCAAGUCUAGGUCUAAAUCGGAUUUGGGGAAAAUUCGCUAAGGUUGAAUAUGCCUCGCUAUGAUGAUCGAUAUGGUACAACUCGCUUAUAUGUUGGUCGUUUGUCUUCACGGACACGCUCUCGUGAUUUGGAGUACCUCUUCAGCAAAUAUGGAAGGUUUUCGGGCUUUUGCCUGACCUGGACUGGAGGUCAAUGGUGAUUGGUGGAAAAAUGGUGGGAAGUCUUGCCGAGUGUUAUAGGAGACAGACUUUUGGCGAAUACUUUCCCUCUCUCCCUCUCUGUAGUCUUAGUUCCUGUUUUUAUGAAAUUGGCAACAUUCCAAUCCAAAUUCCAAACUGGUGUUUAGUUGGUCUUGAAGGGCGAUGUGAUGUAUGAUGCACUCUCUUCCUGUCCUUAAGUAAUGAUGCCCUUACUGUUUAUGGAAACCGUUUACGCAGAGUACGAGAUGUGGAUAUGAAGCACGACUUUGCCUUUGUUGAGUUCAGUGACCCUCGGGAUGCUGAUGAUGCAAGAUACAGCUUAAAUGGUAGAGACUUAAAUGGGAGUCGGCUGCUUGUGGAAUUCGCCAAGGGCACUCCACGGGGCCCGGGCGGUUCGAGAGAAUACGUAGGGAGAGGCCCUCCGCCAGGGUCAGGGCGGUGUUUCAACUGCGGGCUUGAUGGUCACUGGGCCCGCGACUGCAAAGCGGGUGACUGGAAGAAUAAAUGUUAUCGAUGUGGUGAAAGGGGCCACAUUGAAAGGAACUGCCAAAACAGCCCUAAAAAACUCAAACGUGGCAGGAGCUACUCGAGAUCACCGGUCAGAUCACGGUCUCCCCGCCGUCGCCGGAACCGCAGUCCAAGUUACAGCCGAAGCCCCAGUUACAGAAGUCGUUCCAGGUCACCUCCUCAAAAGAAAGAGCGCGUGGAAAGGAGGACAAAAAGCCCGCGUUACUCGAGGAGCAGGAGCAGGAGCAGGAGCCCUGAGCCAUCUAAAAGAAGGAACCGUAGCCCAACACCGAAUGAAGACCGAGUUAGCCCGUCUCCUGAACGAGUUAACUCGGAGUAUAGCAUGAGCCCACAGAGGGGAAAGAGCCAGAGUCCAGGUGGCAGCCCGUCUGAAGCCAAUGGGCGUAGUAGGAGCCCUAGCCCGGUUGGUGAUGUGGGUGGGGGUGAGGGUAGCCCAGUUGAUGAAGAAGGUGAGGGUCCGGUUGUUGAAGGGAGUCCCAGCCCGGGUGAGGGUGAGGAAGAAAAUCGAGAGGGUAGUGAGUAGUGAGUGAUGAAAUGUCUUUUGGUUUAAGCAAGACUUUUGAAAAACUACUACAUUAUGUUUUUUCUUGUUGAGAAAUAUGACUUGAAUGUUGUUCAGACUUAUACCUUUUACAACCCAGUGCCCUUAACUGAAACUAUGAUUUUUUUUAACCUUUGAACAUGUUUUGGAAUGAUAUUUUUACCUUUUCUA